UCCCCGCCGCCAGCCCACCGCCCCGCCCCGCCGCUCCCCGCCACCCACCUUCCCCCCGCGGCCCCGAGCGGGGCGGCGGCGCGGCCCGCGGUCCCGGCGAGCGGCGGGCAGGGCGCGGAGCCGGCGGCGCCAGGAAAUAAACGGGUUCUGAUGCAAGGAAAACGAUGAAAUUCGCUUGCCUUUCCUUCCGACAGCCCUACGCGGGAUUAGUUUUAAACAAAGUCAAAACGGUAGAGACUCGCUGGCGUCCUUUCCUAGCAGGCUACAAGAACUGCACCAUUGCUAUUCAUAUAGCUGUUAAGGACUGGCAAGAUGAAACGUGGAGAGCAAUUCUUUUGGAUAGGUUUGGUAUGACACCAGAACAAGUGCAAGAUUUGUUGGAUAAAGGGGAGAAAUUUGGCAGAGGAGUUAUUGCAGGCUUAAUUGACAUUGGAGAGACAUCACUCUAUCCAGAAAACUUGCCUCCUGAAAACACGCUGGAGCUGGAAAACAAAGCUGUCCUCAGUAAUCUAGAACAGAAAUAUUUGACUGUUGUUUCAAAUCCAAGAUGGCUCCUGGAACCGAUCCCUGCCAGAGGGAGACAAGGUGUGUGGCAGGUGGACAUCCCUGAGGAACUGAUCCCUUCAGAAGCAUAGGUGUUGGCCCUCGCUAUUAUGCAAACAUAGAAUUCGCAAGUCAGCAUCUUGAAUACCAGUGAGCUGUUUAAGAUUCCCUUCCAGAACUAAUUGUUUGAAACAGCAACUACAUUUGAAGUACUCCUUUGAGGCAAAAUAAACAAGAUGUAAUUUUUAUCACCA